UCCGCUAUAUUAUUCCCUGCGGUCGUACGUGUCUCCUGAAAACAUUUAAAUCAGCCAGUUUUAAAGCGGUGCCGACAUUUUUAGAAGGUUGACGAUAUUAAAAAGUUGCUAAUAUUCGGAUAAAAAUUAAUUGUAAAAUGGCGGCGCUUGGAAAUUUCGCUGUCGUGCUGGGACUGGUCAUGGCGAUGGUGGCCGGGAAGCAGAUCGCCUUCCAGGACUGCGGUUCCCAGGGCGCGCGGAUCGUGGGGAUGUCGAUGACGCCGUGCGACGUCGAGCCCUGCGAGUUUAAGCGGGGCGUCAACAUCGUCACCGAGGUGGACUUUGUCUCCACGGUGCGGUCGUCGCGCGCGCACAUGGUGGCGGUGGUGCUGGCGGGCGGGAACGUCAUCCCUCUUCCUAUCGACGAUCCCAACGCCUGCGACUUCAUCGCCUGCCCCCUCGUCCCCGGCAAACUCAGCGCCCUCAGGGGCAACAAAACCGUCCCGGCCGAUGUUCCCCCGGUGCCCAUUCCCUUGGCCAUGCAGCUGCGCAUCUUCGGCGACCGCAACGAGACCAUCCUCUGCACGCAGUACGCUUUCAAAGUCUGAUUAUACCGCCGAAAUAUUUAUACUGCAAUCAGCAAUGAGUUGGUGCGCCUGCAGAAAUUAAAUUUAUUACUGCUUGUGUUUUUGGCUUUCGGUUAUAUACUGUACAGUACUAGUACCUGUAAACCAGCUCAAUGCCGGUUUCAGCAGGAUGUUGAAUCAAUCAAUUUUAAUGUAAAUAAAGGAAACCUUUGAA